UUUAUUUUGACAGUCGCAAAAGGACGAUCGAACUUUAUAGCUGAGACGAUGAUAUCGCUUAUCAGAUCGCUCCGAAUAGUUCUGUGCGUAACUACACACAUGUUCGGACACCAUAUAUCUGCUGCGUAGCACUAUGCGUGCUUUCCAUUCUAAUCACAUCAGAUCUGGCCUUGAUGGGAAAAAUGAACGUGUUUGACACCAUUGUAAAAGUUGGAAUUGUUGGAGUUUUACUGCUGCCACAGGCUAAAUUAUCAUCAGGUUGCCAUCAUCACUUUAAUCUUGAGAAAGAGGAGGAAAGGUGCAUCGAUGAUCUGCUGUUUCAGUCACACAAAGCAACAGAAAACAAUGUCAGUGUGCACUGUAAGGGAAUGUGGGACGACCUGAACUGCUGGCCACCUGCUUCACUGGGGGAAACCGUCUCUCAGCCGUGCCCCACGUUUUUCAACUCAGAAAGUACAGUACAACGGAACUGCACUGCUGAUGGCUGGUCAGACCCUCUGGUCCCACUUGAAGAAGCAUGUGGCUACACUUUUAAUGAGAGUGUGGUUGAAGAGUCGCUGUAUUUCUUCUAUGUGAAGACCAUGUACACAGCCGGAUACACGUUGUCUGUCAUCUCUCUUACAGUCGCCACCUCCAUAUUUUGUCUGUUUAGGAAGCUGCACUGCACCCGGAACUACAUUCACAUCCAGCUGUUCAUCUCCUUCAUCCUGAGAGCAGUCUUCAUCUUCCUAAGGGACUCUCAGCUAUUUACUAAUGAAGAACUCUACCACUGUGACUAUUUCCCGGUGGCGUGUAAGGUUGUGCUGAUGUUCUCCAACUACUCCAUCCUGGCCAACUACAGCUGGCUGCUGGUGGAAGGCCACUUCGUGUUCACGCUGAUGAGCCGCUCUUUCUUCUCCCUGAAGAAACACCUCACCUGGUACAUUGUCCUGAGCUGGGGUUUACCGCUGAUCGUCAUGGUCUCCUGGGGGUGCGCCAAGUACUUUUAUGAAAACGAAUGGUGUUGGGAAAACAGGAAACAUGAAUGGAUUUGGUGGAUACUUCGAGUGCCAGUUCUGCUGAGUAUAUGUGUGAACGUCGUGUUUUUCUUGGGAAUUUUGAGGAUAUUGGUGAGCAAACUGAGAACACCGUAUGCACAGAGGAAUGAAUUCAACCAGUACAAGAGGUUGAUCAAAUCCACAUUUUUUCUGGUGGCACUGUUUGGCAUGCAUUACAUCCUGUUUGCUUUCUUCCCCGUGGAAGUCAGCAGAUCGGUCUUCCAGAUAUGGACCUUUGCCGAGCUGGCUCUGUCAUCCACACAGGGUUUUGUGGUGGCUAUUCUCUACUGCUUCUUGAAUGGAGAGGUGCAACAUGAGGUUCAGAGGAGAUGGAGGCGGUGGAGGCUCACUCAGCACCUGCCCACUCGGCCCAGGCAGCAUCACAGCUCCAUCAGCAACAGCGGGUCUCCUAGCACACAGGUGACCCUGCUGCCCUGUUCCCCAGGCAGCCUGGCGACCACUGGACUCCCCGUAGAUACCGCGGAUGUGAUUUAAGCUGGGACUGGCUCAGAUGCACUGUAGAGGCCAGUGGGGCUUGUUUUUGCAUCUGAAAAUGAUUUCUUCACGCUGUCAGAGAUACAGUUUCUCAUCGAUCUCCAGAUCUGUAUAUUUAUGGACACUCCUGCUGGCUGAUACUGUGUUAUCAAAAGGCAGGCGGACUCAAGACUGAGGCAUUAAAGAAUAUUCAAAGCAGAUGCAGUUUA